UGACUGCGCAGGGAGGGGUUGUGAGGUGUUCAAGAUGGCGGCGCCCUGUGGAGUGCAGUUGCUCUAACAGUGGUGCCUGGAGACUGUAUUGACGGGCGGCCCAGGGACCCCUCCAGGCUGGACAGGACACGGGACACCUUGAGAGUGACGUCAAAGAGUCCUUCCCCUCUCCCUAGACUGUUUCAGAGACACCCGCCUCCGAACCCUCCAUACCACCAUGUCCAGGGAACAGCUCAACAUGGGGGACCUGCUUCCUCUGCUGGAGACCUCUGACCUCCGCCAGCUGGAUGAGAUCAAGGGCCUUAUCAAUGAACACCUCAACACAGAUCGAGGGUCCGUGCUGCUGAACGGCUUGGUGGACUAUUUCCUGGAGACCAACUCCGCCCAGGCAGUGCACAUCCUGUCCUCAGUGAGAGAGCCACAUGAUAAGCACCUGUUUGAUAAAAUGAAUGAAUGCAUGGCUAAAGCCCCCUGUCGCCUGCCCACUCUCACUCUACUGGGGCACGUUGUCCGUAAGCAGCCGUCUUGGAUCCACAAGAUCACUCGCUAUCCGCUGCUGCUAUCUCUCCUCAAAUGCCUCAAGACAGACACAGAUGUUGUGGUUCUGAUAACUGGAGUCCUGGUGCUCAUCACACUAUUACCCAUGAUUCCCCAAGCUGGCAAGCAGCAUCUCUAUGAAUUUUUUGAUAUCUUUGGCCGUCUGGCUUCUUGGAACCUGAGAAACCUAGGACACAUCCCGGAGGUUUAUCUCAUUCACCUGCAUGCAAGCGUCUACUCACUCUUCCACCGGCUCUAUGGGAUGUAUCCCUGCAAUUUUGUGUCUUACUUGCGCUCCCAUUACAGCAUGAAGGAGAACAUGGACACUUUUGAGGAGGUGGUCAAGCCCAUGCUUGAACAUGUCAGAAUCCAUCCCGAAUUAGUGACCGGAACCAAGGACCAUGAACUAGAUCCCAGCCGGUGGAAGAAAUUUGAAAUCCACGAUAUCGUUAUUGAGUGUGCCAAAGUCUCUCUGGACCCGAAGGAGGCGUCCUGUGAAGAGGGCUAUGCCAGCAUGCCUGAGCAUUUCUGUGCUCAUCUACAACAACGUCCGGCUGAUUGCACUGCCAGCCCUUACGGCGACUUCCACAGUAGCUACGGAAGUUCUUCCUCGACUCAUUUCUCCACCCCUCGUCAGCCUGUCGUCCCUCCCUUGGCCCUGUCAUCUUUCUCAGGGACUCAGCCCCCCUAUCGCAGCCCCACUGGAACCCGUUGGCAGAACACCAGCUGUGAAUUUAAUGCCACAUAUGGCUUUAAGGAUUCCCUCUGGAGCCCCUCCUCCCAGUGUGGCAUGGCCACGCCCCCUUCCUCCUGUGGGAUGUCACCGAACCCGGAACUGUCCCAGAGUGCCUCUCACCUACCAACCCGCCUCUACAGCACACCUGGUGGUAAAGGCACCCCGUGCUCUAGCACCCCUGCGGCCGCCUCACCUCCUCCUAGCCUCUCUGAUGAGUUUCCCCCUGUGUCUCUGCCUCACAGUACGGCCAGUCCGCCAUGCAAGGAUGGUAGACCUUUAGACCACACCAAACCCGUCUUGGUCAGACAGGAGCCGGUCAGACAGGAGCCAGACAGAGAGCUUGAGAAAACUGGACCUGAAACGAUCAAUCACAGAGAUGGGAGAGGUGAGAACAUGCCCAUGACCCUGACCGAGCUCUCUGUGUACAUGAAGGAGCAAGAACAAAUGAGGAUCGAGAAAGAGCGGGAGGACGCUGCCAUCACAGAGGAGCUUCUGAAGUUAACAGAGGAAAAGCGGGAUUUAGCUGGCCUUCGUGGCUUUGACUCUCCAUUCUUCAGCACCACAGAGACCCUGACCGGAGUGCAAGAGAAACCCCUGCCCUCUUCUAUUCUGGGCAGCUCGAUUAGAGACCCUCACAACACUAUCUCCACACCCGACAAGACCGAGAUCACGCCCGUGGACAGAGGCAGAGUCAGCAGAGGCCCAUCCCAGGAGCAUCCCUGGUCCUUUCAGCCAGUGUUCAUGCCCAUCGAGCACCCAACACACAGCCACCUCCAUCGGAGCCCCUCCGCACCAGAGGACGAGGCCCUUAAAUACAGCUUUUGCUCCCCGAGCCCAAGCAAACCGCCACCCCUGCCGUACGAGGCUCUGUUUGACCUGGCCCUGCCUCGGGCGGCCUCUCUCUUCGUGGGGAGGAAGACUUCAGAGAUUGUGCAGCGAGUAGCCUUGGAAAGGAUUCAGAGAGGUGACGUGGGCAAGCAAGGGGAGGAGGGGGGUGUUGAGGGGGCUGUGUCUGCCUCCCCCUUGGAGGUGCUGGAUCGCCUCGUGCAGCAGGGCGGUGACGCCCAUGACAAAGUGUUAAAGAGAUUGCCCCUGCCAAGUAAGUCAGCUGACUGGACACACUUUGGAGGUUCUGUUCCUCUGGACGAGCUGCACACACUGCGCAGUCAGCUGCUUCUGUUACACAACCAGCUCCUGUACGAGCGCUACAAGCGAGAGCAGCAUGCCGUACGCAACAGACGUCUGCUUCGCCGUAUCAUCAAUGCCACCGCGCUGGAGGAGCAGAAUAACGCCAUGAAGGACCUGCUGAACUUGCAGAGUGUGGAUAUCAUGUCUUUGAGAGAGAGCCUGCAGGUAGAGCAGCAGAGAUACCGGCAGCUCUGGGACGACCGAGAGACUGUAGUUACACGCCUGCACAGCCAGAUACGCCAACUACAACAGGCCAGAGAUGACUACUACACCAAAAACCAGGAGUUACAGAGUAAACUACAGGAAUGCCAGAAGCGAAUAGGUGAGAUGGAGGCGGAGCUUCAGAAGGCAAACAACAAGGUGUGCCACACGGGACACCUGCUGAACCAGCUCACUGCCAAGUUGUCAUCGAGUGAAAGUAUACAGCAGCAGUUGAGUUUUCUAAAUAAGCAGCUGCUGCUGCUAGGAGAAGCCCAUAAACUGUGUGUUCAGGAGCUGCAUCAGGCCGGACCAGAUACUAGCAAGGAGGUGCAGAUGCUGCAGACAUCCUGGGGGAAGGAGACGGAGCGUCUAAAGCAGAAUCUGUUACUUCAGAGCCAAAAGCUGGAUGCUGCUCAGCAGCGAGUGGCAGAGCUGGAGACUCAACUUGCUAAAAAAGAGCACCUAAUUGCAGAACAAAAGAAGUUUCUAGAAGAUGUCAAGGCUCAGGCUAAAGGGGAACUGCAGGCCUCUGAGAGCAGAUAUCAUGCACAGAGGCGGGUAACCCUGGCUCUGCAGACUGAGCUUCUGCAGCUCUACAGCAGGCUGGAAACAGAAGACUCCUCUGCCACUGCUUCAGCCUUACCGGCAGAGGGCGCCACUGAACUCCGCGGUUCCACCGAUCCCAGUGUCAUAGUGGUGGAUGGUGCAGUAAAAACAGCCACCAAAGAAGACAGCAAGUCACCUCAGUCUCCACGUGGCAAUGGCAGCAAUUUAUCGCCAGCGCAGCCCAUGGCCAGCUCUUCCCCGGCCAACUCCGUAAACGGCAAUCGAGACACUCCCCCACCUUUUCUAGUGGAACCGCCCCCUCACCGUCCUCAUUCCCCGCUGGGACCCCCAGGACCUUUGGUACCUUCUGACACCCCACUCACUGUAGGCUCCUACCCCAGUGCCAAGAGCUUUCUGGGUAUGCGUGCAAGAGAGCUAUUCCGCAACAAAAGCGAGAGCCAGUGCGAUGAGGAUGAAGCCCCGCCUCCGCGUCUCACUGGCCUAUCACAGGGCCUGAAAACUGAGCUCUGCGUGGAGCCGACAGCGAAGAGUACAUCCAGCUCCACUGCUGCGCAGAGCUUCACACUCAUCACAUCUGCUAAAGAAACCCAACCUGAUGCUCAGAGAGCCAAAAACCGAGACACGUUCGGCUCAAGAUGCCCAGAGAGGCCCAGGCAGCAACCGUUAAGGAUCAUGGACUAUAACGAAAGUCAUCAGGAGCACAGUUAAAGUUAUGGAAAAAUGGUGAAAGAGAGAGAGGUAGAGGAUGGAGAGAUGUGCGAAUUUAGAUUAUUAGACCGUAAGGCAAGACUCCUUCAAUUUUCAGUGUUAUCUGUCCCAUUUCCACAAGCCGACAACAGGAUUUGGAGCUAAUAAAUCAGUAAAACCCUCACUAAGAUGGGACAAGUGGAUAGAAUAGACUAUACCGACAUAUAUAGAAGUGGUCACAAAAUGUCUUUUAGUAAUCCCACUGCGUUGUUCUCCAGAAAUGUCCCCGCUGCAUCUUUUAUUUGUUGUUUUUUGCUAAUUUAUCUGCUCCCUUUAACCAAGUAACUGUUGCAGCACGUGGAAACUUUGCAUUUAGGCUGUUAGAAGCAAUAUAAGUUGAUUAAUUUGUAGUAAUGGUACAGUGCUUACACCCUCACAGCUCACCCGCACAGAGCUGAAGUGUGUGCUUGGAUGCCAGGAGGUGGAUGGUCGGUUGGAUGGUUGUCUUGUGCCAAGCAGGAGUCAGUGUUUCUUUUAAAACCAUCAGGUUUAACCUUUCAGACAUGUCAGGUGCAUUUUCAUGUGCUCAAAUCAUGUUUAUCUUUACUAUGUUUCUGGUGUGUGUAUGUGUAAAAUGUCUGUUUGUGUGUGUGUGUAUGUUGAAAGUGAUGGCCUGUAUCCCAGACUUGAUUCUGGGUUAAACUGCACUGUAAGUUGUUACUGAUUACGGAAAAAAUCCGUUACAGUCUUGGACUAGACUAAAUCUGGAUCCAAGAAAUGAUACAGCCACAACGAGAGGAAGGUUCGACAUGUUUUUUAUAUUUUUUUAAUUAUUUAUUUUUUUGUCCUCUUCUCUUUAGCUUUUCAAGUAUUACCAGUGCUUUUAAAAGUUAUAAAGCAACGUAAACAAACAACAGCCAUAGAUUCCUGAUCAUUACCCAAGUCUAGUCAAACCUAUGAAUCCUAUCCUUCAGUAAUCUCUAUAAAACAUCGUAAGUAAAAUCUAGAUGAUCUAGUGGCCAUUUUGAAGCCUUAUCCUAAUAAUAAAUAAGUCUAAUAAAUAAGUCAGACAUAAGUAAAGUAAUUCGCUUUGACGAUGCUAACCUUCAUCAUAUUUGCUCAAAACUCAGUAGGUAACUGAUAAUGGUAUGGAUGAUCUGUCUUUUACCCUCUCACUUUUACGCACUUCAAUGGAUAUUAUUACUAAGUUUGCUUUCUCGGUGCCAAAUACUCAAUAAGACACUGACAGUAUUCUGUAGAGCUUAAAUGUACUGGUUUUUGUUCUAUUAUUCAAGCACAUAUAUUCUUAGACUACCACAUAUCAGUUUGAGGGGGUAAAUAUAAGACUUGAUUUUGUCGAGCUGAGAGUAUGUGGACCGUAGCAAUGAGAGCUGUACGAUGCCAAGUAGACGGUGUAAAAUAUCUCCAAAUUUCUACAAAAUGGCCAUGUUGAUAGUCAGACGUCAUUUAGGAAUUGCGGAUGGGGUGGUCAUACUCAAAUUGUUCCCAAAUCCUGUUGUCCCCUUGAAGUCUCUGCUGUUCCUUCUGCCUUGCUAUCUAGAGCAUGUACAACAAUUCUUUUUUUAAUGCCAACAGCAGGAACUAUGACUUAACAAGAUACAAGGUACAAUCAGCGUGGAAUGAAAGGAACGUAUGAAUUCGAGCUCCUUUGCUGGAGAUGAAAGCUCUUGGGUUUGUUGGGGGAGGAAAGGCAGGGUCGUUUGGAAAAGGUUCUUAAAGCAGUUGCUUGUGUUAACUGUGAAUGACAAAAAUAAAAUCGUCUUCAAUGUUUUGC